AAAAAGUUUAUUUCCACUUUACCCGCCCAAUUCCUUUCCCUCUCUCCUCCGCCGCAGAACCCCACCUAUUGCUCCUUCUCUGCCGCUCGCCGGGACGCCACCACCGCCACUUAUUCUUUCUUCUCCUUCUAUUUCCCUCUCUGCUGCAAUCUCACGCCGCCACGUUAACCACCGUCUUCUGCCGCAGUCCCUUCCUUGUUCUCUCGCCGUUGAGGUCUGUUCUGAUUUGAAAUCCUUCCAAGUCCAGGGAUUCCAAAUAGAAACUAGAAAAUUUCAGGGAAAAUGGAAGCUGAAGAUCUUCCAGAAGCAAAGGCAGCCCUCAGCCUCCUCCGUAGUAGACUCUGCAACACUAGUUUCUACUUCAAGCCUCCAUCCGAUUCUUCUGAUAGCAAUUACAGCAAAUUGAAGUUUAUAAUAUCCAGUUCGGUGGCUGAAGCGUGCAAUAAUUCGAUCCUGCUUCUCGGCCCUCGGGGUUCAGGGAAAAUGGCGGUGCUGGAACUCGUUCUGCAAGAUCUAUUACUAGAAUAUCCCGAUAUGAUUACCGUGAUAAGGUUGAGUGGCCUUUUGCAUUGUGAUGACAAUGGUGCUUUCAAGGAGAUUGCUAGGCAGCUUUGCUCGGAGUAUCAAUUGUUGUUCUCAAAAAUGGCAUCCUUCGACGAUAACUCCCAGUUUAUGAUAGCUAUGCUACGGGAGUGUGGCUUGGCUCACAAGACAAUUGUUUUUGUACUGGAUGAAUUUGAUCUUUUUGCACAAGGGAAACAAAGGUUACUUUAUAGUUUGCUAGAUGCCAUGCAAUCAGUGUCAUCACAAGCUGUUGUUAUUGGGAUCAGUUGUCGAUUGGAUGCUGAUCAGCUACUCGAGAAAAGAGUAAGAUCUCGUUUCUCCCAUAGAAAGCUAUUAUUUCUUCCUCCCUGCAAGGAAGAUGUGGAGAGAUUGCUGGAGCACAUUUUAACAUUGCCAAUCGACUCAGACCUUCCUCACGACUACAUUGUUAAAUUUAAUGCAAAGCUUCAUAAUAUGUUAGCAGAUGAGAGAUUCAAAAAGAUCAUUAACACUUAUUUGGACUCUGAUUCGACUGUCAAACAAUUAGUGAGAUAUCUGUUUUGUGCCAUAUCAAAGAUGAACUUGAAAUCUGGCAUGCUGACUCUUGAGAAUUUUGAACAUGCUCUUUCAAAUAUUCAGAGGCAGCCAAAGCAGGAAUGUAUAAAAGAUUGUUCCAUAUUGGAGCUCUAUAUUCUGGUAUGCAUGAAAAGGUUGGAAGUUAAGGAACAGAAUUCGUACAACUUCAAUUCUGUAAUGAAAGAGUACAAAAGCAUACACGAUUCAUUCCAGACGUCUGAUUAUUAUUCGCGAAGCGUAUGCUUACGGGCUUUUGAGCACCUUCUACAGCGUGAGUUAAUCUGCUUCACUGACAACCGUGGACAUAAUCAAUCAAUUGAAUUUCGACCAGUCAAGCUGUUAAUAUCGUCGCCUGAACUUCAUCUCGGACUGAAGGCGUAUCGUUCUUGUCCUGUCAUUCUUCAGAAAUUAAUGAAUUGAGGAGGUGAAGUUCAAACAGCUGAGGGGACUGGAUGAUCUUCUGGAACUCCAGACCUUUGUCUUGUGCAAGGCAGCUCAGGAGCAGCGGUACGGCCCUUACACGAAUGUCUUUUACGAUUAGUUUUGGAUAGAUAAUUACUCGGGCCAUUUCUUAGGUGGGAGUUUCAUUUAAUCGAAUUAUCAGGACUCUUAUAUUGUAAUUAUUCUUUAGUGCUGGACGUCUUGACUUCUAUCCUAUUGAAGUCCGAAUCAUCAAUUUGAGGCGAUAUUUAAUGAGAUCUAAACGAGAUUGUUGCUAUAA